AGGUUUAGGAUAACAAUGGAAUCCUCUUCACCUCCUCCACUUCCACCAUCAUUCACACCUUCACCUUGCUUCUAUUAGGAGCAAAUCAGAGCUGCUAUAAAUGAUACAUCAUGCUCCAUUCCCCAGUUGGACAUAUGUAGAGACCACAUUGCUCUGGGACAGACCAUAACCCUCUGGUCAGGUUAUAACCUUGGGAUCACAUUGCCUCAGACAGAGCUGGAAGAUGCCUGGAUUCAAGCAGGAAUCAGUGGAUAUAUUCCCAGCCUACAUCCUAGAACAAGUGGAAUAUGAGGGCCCAGGACCACAUUAUCUAUCUGCACAAGGUAAUAAACUCACCAAGAAUCAUGUAGGAAUGAGUGUGAAAUUGUGACAUACAGGAUUAUUCACUAAACUGAGAAUUCAAAGUGAAUUUGAGACCAAAGUAGAAACAUUGGAAACUCUGAACUUGGCUACAUUUCCAGUUUGACUACUUUGGCCUUAUGUUUGGAAUUCAUUUUGGGGAAUACCCUGACUGAUUCGAAGUAUCAGGACUGUAUGGAUGGAUUAAUUAUCCUUUUUCUGUUUCUGUAGGAUACAUUCCUCAUCUGCCCAGCAAUGAUCAUCGAGGGGGGCCGGUUUGCCAGUCUCUGAAUGUUUCCAAUCAUGAGCGGACUACAGAUACGUCUUCAGGAUCUCAUCGCAGGAAGCGAACAAGCUAUAGCCAACAAAAACUGGUUAUAUUGGAGAAUUACUUCCAAACUAACCGAUACCCAGAUAUCAAUGAUCGAGAGCAACUGGCUAAGAAAAUCUGCCUGCCAGAGUCACGAGUUCAGGUAAGUAAUCAAAUAUGCUAAUGAUUUUCUGCCCAGACCUGCUGUAGGGCAGUAUGUAAGGGUUCCAGAUUCACUAGGUUUUGGACAUGUGCACCAAUACAUUUGGUAUGUAGAGUUCAUAUGCUGCACGAUUCCUUGCUGAUUACCAUUUCCCCCUGCAGGAUAUGAGUUCUAUAUAUUGCAGGGCAAUACUUUGAGUGCUCCACUUCUCAAUGAAUAAAUUGUAUGUUGAGAAAAACCUCAUGGAUUAUCUUGCUAUCCCAAUGGCAAGGCACCUACUUUUCUAUAUCCUUAGCGCUAACUGAUCAGUGAGUGCCAUACUUUAUUUAUAAUGUUGAAAUAACCAGUUCAUGGAUUUGCAGGUGUCUGGCUUAUUUACUAAACCCCAAAUUGCAGUAAAUUGAUAACUGUUACAAAGACAGCUGUCUUUAAAGAAAUCCAAUUUUGCUAUAGUUAGAAUUUCAGAAAUUUUUCAAUUUAAUUAAUUGCUGAUCACUGUAUGGUAACUAAACCCCUUUGAGGAACGGAGCAUUCAAAGUUAAUUACAUGUAUCUGGCUGAUUACUAGGAAAUAUUUCACGUCCAACCUCAAACUAAUGCGAUUAUAUGCUUAACUUAUUGCAUGUGUUCACAACUUGGAGGUAAUUAGAUGGUAGAUUUACUUCAUACUGAAGACUUUUUAUUGGUAAUUCUAGUUUAUAUUGUAACAUUCUUCCAUCCCGCUACAGACAAUCCACUAAGAAUUUAAAUUCCUCAGUUCUGAUAUCUCACAAGGGGUUUAUUGCAUAAAGGAUUCAUUCACUAAACUGUGAAUGCUGUCUUAUUAACAUCCAAAUGGCUAAAAUUUGUCUUAUUUCAGGCUACUUGCUUUUGCCAUUCAGAGUUUGAUGUGUAAACCUGAUAUUAUAUCCUAUGUCUCUAUUGUAGGUCUGGUUCCAAAACCGGAGAGCAAGAGCCAAGCGAGAGGAGGCUAAAGUGGACACAAAACCUGUUCAAUCACCGCUUUACCUCAUUGGCCAUGGACCCAACACCUAUCUUUGUCCAACUGCACAGCACCAUCCACUGCAGACAAAUAACCAAAGUUCUGUCAAGCAAUCUGUGGACAGAUGGACUCAGCAGAGACAUGCUGAGGUUCCUCCACCCCUACAUCACAUGACAGCCCGUAUACAGACCCCAGUCUUAAACCCAGCAUCACUUUUUGUGACAGACUAUAAUUGCAACCCACCAGACCACUUCAGCACACCGGAGAAACCCACUGUGAAACCACAGAUGCACUUUAAUAUGGAGUCAUUGUAUCAUUACGGGUAUGAAUUCCAGGUGGCAGCCAAGGACUACCAGUGUGCCCCCUACAGCCCAAUCUCUCCAUUAAGUUCUGGCUCUAGUGACUCAUAA